AUGGCUCUGCCAGUUUUCAGAAUUUCACAAUUUGAAAAUCGCCUCGAAGAAAUUUUCAACUACCAUCGGCCACUGAACGUCGGGGAAGGCCGAUUCCGCUUCGCGUCGCGCCGCGCGUCGCACCGAGUGAGGCCGCGCCCCGCCGGGCCUCGAGCCCGGGACCGCGGUGGCAGCCUCUUUGGCCUCCGAGCGGACCGCGAGACGCCCAGGAAAGGCUUCAACGCGGCCGUUGCCUCCGCCUUCGCUUGCUCGCCCGCCUGUUAG